AUGUCGACCGAUAUUGCCCCGCCAGCUGACGACCACUUGCUCGAAAACGACCUGACACAUCGCAUCACCCUAUCGUUCAAAGACCGGCUCCUCAUCUUCGACUGUGUCCCCACGCAAAAAGUCCAAGCAGCUCUUUUGGUCCUCGGUGGGUUCACGUUCGGCCAAAAAGUCGAGCCCCAGUCUCGAGCUAGAAUAACAGACGCCAAUCGUCAGGAGUGCCUAAACAAGUACAGACACAAGCGAGACCUAAGGUGCUACGAGAAAAGGAUAAGGUACAACGUGAGACACGAGGUGGCUGUCCGAAUGAAGCGGAGGAGGGGACAAUUUGCGCCCAAGAGUGCCGACCCAUUGGGUCCGACUGAAGUGGAGGAGGGCCCGACUGGUCCAACACGGUGUGGCCUUUGUGGGAUACGGGCCAGGGAGACACCAAUGAUGAGGAGGGGUCCCGACGGGCCCAAGACCCUAUGCAAUGCGUGCGGGCUUCAUUGGGCCACCAAGGGGGUGAUGAGGGAUAUGUCCAAGAAGCUUCGGCCCAUUGGACACCUCCCCAUUUAUAGGGAUGCGUAUGAGGGUAGUGAUACUUAA